GGAAGGAAGGGAUGUUGGUGCAGCCAGUUUCAUUGACAGAGAUGUGAGUUGUGUGGAAGGGCAGGUAACAUAUACUGGUGGAAAUUGACGGAAUUAAGCGACCUUUUACGUGUCCGAGGGAUCCCUGAAGAUACCAUUUCAUUAAUGGAAGAGCAGAAGAUUGACUGUGAUGUCAUGCUGGUGGAUGAAAAAACUCUGGCAAAUGACAUCCUUUCCAAUGGACACCUAAUUGUCUUCUUCAAUUUCUGCUAAAGCAAACAACCAGUCUCAAAAAGAAGACAAGGACUUCUGCAGAACCUCUUGAAGUGAAAGUCACUCUUCCUGAAAUGUCAGAUUUAGAUGACCUAGUCAGCCUGUACUUCAGGCUUUCUUUCACUAACAAAGAAAUACUUGGAAUGUUAGCACACAGUCAUCAGACUAUAAUAAGUGUACGAACUCUAAAAAGAAUUUGUAAAAGACUUGGGCUGUUCAGACGGAAGAAUCAGUCAAACCUGGAAGAAGUGCUAGCUUUUGUCCAACAAGAAAUCAUGACCAAUGGACAGAUGCAAGGUUAUCGUUGGCUACAUCUUCGUGCAGUUCAAAAGGGAUUUGUGGUGUCACAAGACACUGUAAGAAGGAUAAUCAAACUGGUUGACCCACAAGGUGUGGAACUGAGGCGAGCUCGACGUUUAAGAAGACGCCAGUACCAAUGCAGAGGACCAAAUGCGCUUUGGCACAUGGAUGGCUACGAUAAACUAAAACCCUAUGGCAUUGCCAUCAGUGGCUGUAUAGAUGGCUUUAGUCGCUAUGUUUUAUGGAUGGAGGCUUAUACCACUAAUAAUGACCCUAAAUUGAUUUCAAGUUAUUUUCUGAAAACAGUUUCAGGUGUCAAUGGAUGUCCAGAGAGGAUACGUGCCGAUAGAGGCACAGAAAACAGUUCCGUUGAACAAAUGCAGAUUUUUCUGCGGAGAAACCACACAGACAAUUUUGCAGGGGAAAAAAGCUUCAUUUAUGGAAGAAGUACAGCCAACCAGCGUAUAGAAGGCUGGUGGGCUACCCUCCGCAAACAGAGUGCACAGUUUUGGAUGAACUUAUUUCAAACUUUUCAGGAUGAUGGCCACUUCACAGGAGAUUUUUUGGACAAAAGUCUUAUCCAAUUCUGCUUUCUUAAUCUUAUUCAGGAUGAACUUGAUGACGUUGUAAACACAUGGAACUCACACAGAAUCCGGCCCAGUGCUAGUGCAGCAUCAGGUCGACCAGUAGUGAUGUACUCAUUUCCAGAGCUACACAGGGCUCAGGAUAGAUUGAAACCAAUUGUUGCGGAUGAGAUCACUGUGUGUAUGGAAGAGUGUAGACCGAAAGGCCAAUAUCCAUGCGAUGAAACAAUCUUUGAACUUUGUUGUCUGCUUAUGGUAGAAAAUGACUGGGAUGCCCCAAGAGAUCCACUUGUUGCAGCUGAUUUGUAUAUUAAGUUAAGAGAAGAAAUACUCCAAAGUAUCUAGAAAAUUCCUGCAGUUAAAAGGAAAAUUUAAAACACAGUGAUUCUGUUCAUCUUGAUCAUUGGACUGGAUAGCCUUGCCAUGUUUUCACUCAGCUGGUGUCAAAUCCUCUGCAAAUUUCAGCAGUUGACAGGCUUUUGCUGAUCACCAUAAAAAGUAGUUUGGGUGCUAUCUCGUUUUACAAUAGUUAUUAUUUUUUACUUUACCUUGUUCAAUGAGAUGGAACAAUAAUGGUCUGUUACUUAAAGCUAAAUAUUGUGAUAUAACCAGUUUUGUGAGCAAUGUAAAUCCUUCUGAAUAGCUAUGCAUUCAACUGCAUGUACAAAAAUGUAAUUUUCUUCUAACUUUGCUGUCCUGCUAAACUAAAUUGGAUAAUGUAUGUGUAAGAUGUAAAAUUGGAGGUAUUAAUACAGCAAAAACUAAUGUCAUUAAAGUUGUAUACCCAUCUUCCAUUUAAUAUAAACUUGUUUUGUUGAAAAGCUUUUGCAUGGUAUAAAAUGAAAAUCGUUGUUGUACUCUUUAGCCUCCUUUUUGUAAUAUUCAUGGCUACCACCCAAUGCACCUGUAUAUGUAAGCCAGUGUAUUAUAAGCAAACCACUCCUGUAUUACCUUGUGGAUGGGGGGCAAUUUCAGGCCUGUCAAGAGCUACCAUUCUGCAACCUUUAGUGUAUCCUUUCGCUAUCAUACCUGCAUCACAUGAACAAGCUUGUUAUCAGGCCUCAACUGCACUCCUUGACAUGCUGAUGAGGGUAUUCAGUCUUUAGAUUUAAGUGUGCUGGUGUGUUCUGCAUCUAAAGUUGC